GUUGAUUACUACAAUGGCCAAGCACCAUCCUGAUUUGAUCAUGUGCCGGAAACAACCUGGUAUUGCCAUUGGACGGCUUUGCGAGAAAUGUGACAGUAAGUGUGUAAUCUGCGACUCUUUGGUGCGACCUUGCACGCUUGUGCGGGUAUGUGACGAAUGUAACUAUGGAUCGUUGCAGGGUGGAUGUGUCAGCUGUGGAGGACCAGGAAUAUCUGAUGCAUACUACUGCAAAGAGUGUGUUCAGCUUGAGAAGGACCGAGAUGGCUGCCCCAAAAUCAUCAACCUUGGCAAUGCCAGAACCGACUUGUUCUAUGAACGUAAUAAAUAUGGUUUUAAGAAGAGAUGA